CGCUCAAAGCAUCAAUCAAUUCCCAUCACCGAGCUAAGAUGCAACUUAAUCUUGGAGCGAUUUUUCUGGCACUGCUGAGUGUGAUGGCCAUGGCUACAUCGGUCCUGUCGGAGCCUCAUCGUCAGCAGGGACCCAUUUUCGAUACGAGGCCGUCGCCCUUCAAUCCUAACCAACCCCGACGACCGGGUCCCAUUUAUUGAAUUGUCCGUGGGAAAUUCACACUGCUGAUGUCGUUAACACAUUGACACAAUUAAUACAAUUAAACUGAAACUGAACAUCAAA